AUGCUGAGGAACGGGGACUUCGAGCUGGGCCCGUACAUCUUCCCCAGCACGCCGUGGGGCGUGCUGGUGCCGCCAAUCCUCGAAGACAUCAACUCGCCGCUGUCGGGGUGGAUGGUCAUGUCCGACACCAAGGUGGUCAAGUACGUGGACGCGCCGCACCACAGGGUGCCGCAGGGCGCGCGCGCCGUGGAGCUGGUGGCCGGCAGGGAGGCCGCGCUGCUGCAGGAGGUGCCCACCGUGCCCGGCUGGUCCUACAGGCUCUCCUUCUCCGUCGGCGACGCCGCCAACGGCUGCAGCGGCUCCCUGGCGGUGGAGGCGUACGCGGCGCGGGGGACGCUCAAGGUGCCGUACGAGUCCCACGGCACCGGCGGGUCCAAGCCCGCCGCGCUCGAGUUCACCGCCAUCGCCAACGCCACGCGCGUCGUGUUCCAGAGCUCCAACCACCUCAUGAAGUCAGACGCCACGCUGUGUGGGCCCGUCCUGGAUGAUGUCUUCCUCGUCCGGGUGCGGAAGCCCGCCGCCCGCCGGCUGCGUCGUUUGUAG